UGAGGUUUGCAGGUUCUGGGGAAGCGGAGCCUGCCGGCAAAAGGGCACAGCAGAAGGGAAGGGCAGAGGACUUGGAGGUGACCUGGCAGAGCCCCUGAGCCCGGGCAGAACUUCGGGGUUCAUUCGGAGCCGUAUCGGGCCUCGGAGGUCGAUCAGGGCGCGAGGCGAUGUGUUUUGAAGGAGUCCUUCUGGCUGCUUCCUAUAAAGUAGGGGCGCAGGAAGGUUUAUAUGGACUAUAAUGCAACCACUCCCCUGGAGCCAGAAGUCAUCCAGGCCGUGACCGAGGCCAUGUGGGAAGCCUGGGGAAAUCCCAGCAGUCCUUAUCCGGCAGGAAGAAAGGCCAAAGAUACUAUAAAAGCAGCUCGGGAUAGCCUUGCGAAGAUGAUUGGUGGGAAACCUCAAGACAUCAUCUUCACUUCCGGGGGCACUGAGUCAAAUAAUUUAGUAAUCCAAUCUGUGGUGAAACAUUUCCACGUAAACCAGACCUCAAAGGGAGACACGGGUGUGCACCACAGCCCAGUAGAGGGGGCCAAGCCUCAUUUGAUCACUUCCUCUGUGGAACACGACUCCAUCCGACUACCCCUGGAGCACCUGGCAGAAGAACAAGCGGCAGAGGUCACCUUUGUCCCGGUGUCCAAGGCGAGCGGGCGGGCAGAGGUGGACGACAUCCUUGCAGCCGUCCGCCCAACCACACGCCUCGUGAGCAUCAUGCUGGCCAACAAUGAGACUGGUGUCAUCAUGCCUGUCCCUGAAAUCAGCCAGCGCAUUAAAGCCCUGAACCAGGAACGGGCAGCAGCCGGGCUGCCUCCCAUCCUUGUGCACACGGAUGCUGCACAGGCCUUGGGGAAGCGGCGCGUGGAUGUGGAGGACCUGGGUGUGGACUUCCUUACAAUCGUGGGGCACAAGUUUUAUGGUCCCAGGAUUGGCGCACUGUAUGUACGAGGACUUGGUGGCUGUACCCUUCUCUACCCCAUGCUGUUUGGAGGUGGACAAGAACAGAAUUUCAGACCAGGGACAGAGAACACCCCAAUGAUUGCUGGCCUUGGGAAGGCUGCAGAGCUGGUGACCCAGAACUGGGAGGCUUACGAGGCCCACAUGAGGGACAUCCGGGAUUACCUGGAGCAGAGGCUGGAGGCUGAAUUUGGUCAGAAGAGAAUCCAUCUGAAUAGUCAGUUUCCAGGGACCGAGCGGCUUCCCAACACCUGCAACUUCUCCAUCCGGGGACCCCGGCUUCAAGGACGCAUGGUGCUCGCACAGUGCCAAGUGCUGAUGGCCAGUGUGGGGGCCGCGUGCCACUCGGACCACGGGGACCAGCCAUCCCCAGUGCUGCUGAACUCUGGCGUCCCCUUCGAUGUGGCCAGGAACGCGCUCCGGCUCAGUGUGGGCCGAAGCACCACCAGGGCCGAGGUGGACCUCGUCGUGCAGGACCUGAAGCAGGCGGUGGCGCAGCUGGAGGACCAGGCCUAGCGCCGGUGCCCUCCCUGCCUGCUCCUAGGAAGCCCAUCGCAGGGCACAGGGUUGUCCCUUCAGCUCCCUCCUACGGGCUGUGCCAGGAUGACUGUCUCAUGCCCCCUUCUGCAUUUGGUCCUGGAGCGCCUGCAGGGUAGUGUGCACUUCCCCCCCAAACCCUGCCCGGCUUCCUUCCCUGGACCCCUGCGGAGCUCACAGGGCCCGGGACACCAAUGCCCGCAUGGGACCACCCACAGCAUAGGACCACCCACAGCAUAGGACAGCCCACAGCAUAGGACCACCCACAGCAUAGGACAG